GUUAGCUGCGUUCAGGGUGGUGGGUUGCCAGUUGAGCUGACGUGAUGGCUCGCUUGUACCUUGGCUGAUUUGAGCAGAUAUGUGAAUCACGAAUAUUGAAUGUUCUGACGCGAGUUUUCCUGCGCUACACAUAGCCUACACACGUGUCUCUGUCGUGUCAGAGCCAGAUAGUCGUUUAGCUCGCACUGGAGAAUGCCGCUGCUAAAAUACCCUCCAACGUGUCGGUCGUGCACGGCUAAUUCACAGACCAGCUUUUAUGCUCAAAAAAGCAGCGCACUACCGAAAACGUUACCCAACAUGUGGUGGCCCCCUGCGAUGCCACAACCAGAUUCUUAUGCCGCAGGGAUAACGUGGCAGUUGAUUCCAUUUCAUAGCCUCUACCAUGGUGACCGUGCUUCUACAGGUCUCAGCAAGUAUCCCUACUUGUCUAUAAAUGUGGCUAAGAAGUUCAUGCUCUGCAGGUCUUUGUUUGAUUUGGUGAACUCUUCAUAUAGUCUGGAGCUAGAAGACGAGAGGCUGCUGGCGUGGUACUCCAGUCUGUCAGAUGAAGAUAGGAAAAUAAUCCAAGACGAGGGAGGUUUUCAUCAGUUUAUUCGGAAGCAUCCUGCUCUUGACAUAGCACAGCACAUAGGAAUAGUCCAUGUAAAACCACAGAUAAGAAGAGCAGCUAUCACAAUGUCGUCAGAAUUAAACAAAUCCAGAAUGCCAACAUUUUAUGGGAUGUCUCAGUGUAAAAAGUGUGGGACAAGUUGUCGUUCAGGGUCUGAAGUAUGCAGAACCUGUUUUGUCCCUCAACCAGUGGUCGAUGAGAGUACGUACUUAACAGGACAAAAGCAAGAGCCUGCUGCAAAGCAAAGCAAUCCAAAAGAGGAGCAAAAUAUGCCAAGCAGAAACGGCCUUGGGGUCUGGGGUGUCAACAGCCAUGGUGCUCCUGGUGACCACCAGGUGGCUCAGGACAGCUUCCAGUCAGCUUUUGACGACAGCCACACUUCACUGACCUCUUCUGGCCCAAGAGGAGGCGAAUGCCCCCAGGCACCACGUUUCUCCAAGGAGUGGCGAGAGGGUCGAAGCAGCGUUCAGAAUGUAACUGCAAGUGCAUUCAAAGACACAUCAGCACAGGCGAGCUUCUCCCUGGAUGUGGAGCUGGAGCGCCACAGCAAGAUGACCCAGGGUAGUGCCCCUCCAGCUUACCCUGUCCACCAAGAUCCGUUCAGGAGGGUUACAGACAACAGGAGCUAUCUGGAUCUGGCGCAAGAGAUGCCCCCUGAGUACUACAGCUUCAACAGCACCAUGUUUGACCAGACGUCAGCAAACUUGAUGGAAAACACCAGCCUGUCCGCCGAGAAGGAUGAUGUUGACUCGUUCAUGGCCACAAGGGGCAGCACUGAGUGCACAGAGAGCGGUCUGACUACAUCAAGUGCUGGGUUGUGCCUGUCUGAUGUCUCAGUGUCCUGCCACAGCUGCCCCUCUGAGUGGACAAACCUUGAUGCGACCGCUGAUGAAAACCUGCGGAAUAACAAACCCCGAGACGAGUUUCAUAGCAUCAUGGAGGAGUCUGUCAACUCUGAGCCGUGGCUCAACUGCUCAGUCACUCCAGAGAAACCCCAUGCUCCCCCAUCUCAGAAACCACAUGUGGAUCUGCCCGUGAAGCUGGACAUAGAAAGGAGUCCGCAAACCCCAUCUAGAGACGAGCAGUCAAUGGCCGAGUCCUUCGUGUCGAUCAGUCCAGACAAGUCUGGAGUCCUACUGCCAGUAUCAGCUGCUCCUGCCACUGUGAACCAGAUGGUAGAUGCCAGUGGCGACUUCCGAGCCCGUUUCACGUCUACGCAGGAGUGUGUAGCCGCCCCAAGCACCACGGACGCCUCCACUGAGAUGGACUCUCCCAUGUGCUUUGAUCAAGACACCCAGACCUCACAGGCCUCCACUGAGAUGGACUCUCCCAUGUGCUUUGAUCAAGACACCCAGACCUCACAGGCCUCCACUGCUGACAAGAGUGUCAUCACGGAGGUCCACUUAGCAGAUCUCGAUUACCUUACUAAGGAGUUUUUGAGACUGAAGUCAGUGGAAGAGAAACUGGAGCAGCUGAAGGCCAGUCAGCUGAAAUCCAACAACACAAAAUGUGGGUGUGAGUGUGGUCAGAGGCUGCAGCAGGCAGAGCUGAAGCUGUUGGCUCUGCAGUACUCCAUGUGCCAGGAUCACUGCUGGAGGAGAUACUACACCUCGGUACAGGGGGAGAGCCAGCUGCAAUGCACUGGUGGGGUCCCCGAGAGCUUAGCUGAGACUCUGCGGGCCCUGGAGCAGGAUUACAUCCAGCUGAAGAGGCAGGUGCUCUCAGGGGCUGCUCUGGAUGAGUUAAACCCGCUCUCUGUGGACACCCAGAGACUCCACAUAGAGGCACCGUACACCCCAGCACAGAUUGCAAUCUGCAAGGCUGCAGAGGCCCAUCCAAAGCCACACGGUGUUAAAAGUUCCAAAGUGGGCUCCCUGAAGACUCAAAGGAAAUCAGGUUCCUCUAGACCUGGUGGUGGUGAGGUUAGUGAGGCCUGGUACGAUGCAGAGGAGGAUCUUGGGGCUGCUGGCCAAACCUUGAAAGAGGACCGACUGAGAAAAGCGAUUGAGAUGGCAGAUGUUGACGGCAAGAACAUUAGUUCCAGCUGUGAUGUUUUCAUCACGGACCUCCAUCAAGAUGUAACGGAGGACGAUCUGCUGUUUCUAUUUGAGAAAUACCAGCCCAGAGAAGUUUGCUUCACAAUGUCAAACGCUUCCAGGAGUGGCAAAGUGACGGUGAGCUCUCCUGAAAAUGCCGCGGCGGCAGCGCGAGAGCUCAGCGGCACCUCCAUCCACGGACAGCCCGUCCAGGUGAGGCGCGUCAGCAGACUACCUGCAGCAGGCCCUGAGGGGGAGCACACCUUCAAGAAGCCCCACGCUCCCUCUGCCCCCACACCAGCACCCUCAGGAGACGUGGCCAAGCCUGGGGCCGUGAAGACAAGCACUCCAUACAACAUGUCCCCCAAACCAAGCCGCUGCCACAUAGAAAAACUAGUGAACAUCAGCGACGUGCCCACAGCCACUGGCACCUAUGUGCCACAGCAGCCGCCUACCAACGCUGCCGCCAUGGGCAGCUUCGACACGCUGAUGGGACGGCUGUCAGAGCGCCACCCGCUGGUGGCCCGGCAGAAGAUUGUGGAGGCGCUGCUGGAGCUCCGGGCCCAACACCGCGGCUCCCUCAGCGGCCUGCCGCUGCGCACCAUCGUGGAGAUGACCUCUGACCUCCUGACUGUCAAGGCCUCAGUAUCACCGUGAGGGGUGGUUUGGAUAGAGAGGGGUGGGAACGCUCUAGAAGGUUAGGAAGGGGCUCCGACGAACAUUACUGUUAAUUGUAGCUUUCAAUGUUCCUCAUAAAACUGUUCCACUGUUCCGUAUGAGACACUGUUCCACAAGAAACACUGUUCUGAUGUUUCAAUAUUUUGUUAUCUGGACCAUUCUGAAUUUGAAGAAUACUGAAAUUAAAGAAAUUGUACAUUUUAUACUGUGAGUGUUAUCAGAAUUCCCAUGUAUCCAGGAUAUGUAAGCAUAUUGUAAGACGCUCAGAAAAUUAUAUAUAUAGCCUCGGAAACAUAGCGACGUCGAGCUAUAUCCUCACUUGAAGGAGCUUGUGUGGACAAGUAGGGUGAAGAGUUAAAUGGCAAUGAUGUUAUUACAUACUCGUUAAUCUGACUCCAUUUGAUUAAUAAUUUGUAUCACCAAUCAAUUACCAAGUAACUAGUUUAUCAGCUAUGGAGGAGAAUGGCAUGGCACACUACGAGAAUUGAAGUUAUCCGAUUGGUAGGCAAAUGAACAAUUUAAUAGGCAUUAAGUCUUAAAGGUAAAUGUAACCCAUAUCACUUCAGUUGAAUGUACGAGUAAACUCACAUAGUCUACUGUAACAAAGUAGCAAAUGGUAACAAAGGAAACUUAACCAA